GGCACCGCCCGGGCGCCCGGCGGCCCCGAGGCGGGGAGCCGGCGGGGGCAGCCCGCGGCGGCGGUGGCGGCGGCCAGCGCGGCCGUCACCUACGAGACGUGCUGGGGCUACUACGACGUGAGCGGCCAGUACGACAAGGAGUUCGAGUGCAACAACAGCGAGAGCGGGUACCUGUACUGCUGCGGCACCUGCUACUACCGCUUUUGCUGCAAGAAGCGCCACGAGAAGCUGGACCAGCGCCAGUGCACCAACUACCAGAGCCCGGUGUGGGUGCAGACGCCCAGCACCAAGGUGGUGUCGCCGGGGCCCGAGAACAAGUACGACCCGGAGAAGGACAGGACCAACUUCACCGUCUACAUCACCUGCGGGGUCAUCGCCUUCGUCAUCGUGGCCGGCGUCUUCGCCAAGGUGUCUUACGACAAGGCCCACCGCCCUCCGCGGGAGAUGAACAUCCACAGGGCUCUGGCCGACAUCUUAAGACAACAGGGACCAAUCCCCAUAGCACACUGUGAAAGAGAAACUAUCUCAGCUAUCAAUACCUCUCCCAAAGAGAACACACCGGUCAGAUCGUCCUCCAAAAACCACUACACCCCCGUGCGUACGGCCAAGCAGACUCCAGGACAUUAUGGGAAGGAUACCCACCGAAGUGGAGGACCCGAUCUCCAUAACUUCAUCUCAUCUGGAUUUGUCACGUUAGGAAGAGGACACACGAAGGGUACAGUGGAAACCAUUUUUUACUAAAAUACAGAGGUUGCCUAGGGGAGCCCCGAGCUGAAAUGGGAAGGUGACGUUGGAGGAGGCUAACGUUCCGGGACAGGAAUAAGUUGAGGGGGGUUCCCCUUGCAGCGUGGCCUGGUGACAUCUGUGGCUUCUGACGGGAAGGCAGGUCCCAGGUGUGACUUUUAGAGGCCCCAUAGACUUGCAAGAGACGACCCCCCCCCCCCCAGCCCGCCCCUGCCCCGUCCCCCCGGCCGGAGGGACCGCAGGCAGAGUGGCGAGAAACCUUGCCGGCAGAUGCGAAGCGUGUUCUCCUCUUGGUUCUUCCUCCUUUUCCUUUUUAAAGCCACAUUUUAUACACCGAUGUAUGUCAACGGUCCGCACCGUGGGUUUCUAAGCCAGCGUGCGUGGCGAGAGUUGCCGUGUCCUACGUGUGUCUGUGUAAACACUCUCUCUGUGGUGUGGACACAAAGGUAGAGGUCCCGCAGCCCUUCCGACCUCCAGAGGAACGCUAACGUGGCAUUUCUGCUGAGCUGCUUUAUGACCUAACCGACAGCUUGCAGAGCAUCUGUCCGGGGGUGGGAGGGGGGGGGUGUAUGGAGUCCUCGAUUCUGUCUUUUGUUUAAACAGAGCCCUCCUAGUGUUGUGAGCAUUCUGUCCUAUCAAAUAACUGAAUCCCUGACUUCUCCGAUUACCUUCCUGACACCUGUGUACUGUUAUAGACCAACUGUGAAUUCUGUUGUAGGGAUGGAACGAUCCCUGUCUUCCUCCGCAAUAUGUGUCUCUUUUAAGUGUGAGCGAACAAGGAACUUCGCGAGUUUUUCGUACAUUCCAUGCAAUGACUUUUU